AUGGAGUCCGAAGUAGUAGAUGCACAAGGGAGGUCAGGGGGAGUAGUCACAAUCUGGGAUCCUCAGAUUUUCAAGAGAGUUGAAUCUAUAAAAGCUGAAUAUUUUAUGGUUAUAUCAGGGUUUAUAGAAGGGAUGGGAGAAAAAAUAAAUUUGGUAAAUGUCUAUGUACCAAAUGACACGACAAAGAAAAGAAAUGUUUGGACAGAUCUAUUAAGAAUUAGAAAUUAUGGGGAAGGGAUUUGGCUAAUGGCAGGAGAUUAUAAUGAAGUCAGAAUGGAAGAAGAUAGAAUGCUGUCAAAAUUUGAUGCAAAUAGUGCAACGGCUUUCAAUAAAUUCAUAGUUGAAGCGGGGUUAUUGGAAUACCAAAUGAUGGGAUCAAGAUUCACUUUCAUGACAGAAAACGGGUCAAGUAUGAGUAAAAUUGAUCGUGUGUUAGUGUGUGAUGGGUUUAUGAAUAAAUGGCCUUGUGCGAAAUUGGAGGCUUUGCCAAGAUUAUUAUCGGAUCAUAACCCGUUACUUUUAACAUGCUUAUCAAGCUGGGAUAGAUGA